AAUUUAAAAAAAAUAAAACAAAAUUCUAAAGUUCUUCAAGCAACCAAACCAACCUGGGUACAGUGGCUGCUCAGCAAAUUCGAUGUCGUUUUGCUUAUGCCGGACGACAACGCUUUUGAUAGUGCUUUCUCCUAAACACGACACUAAAAGGUUUGUCGUCGUUUCAUAGACGACGUCAGCUUCUUCGACGUAGCUUCCUGUGCUGUUUGACCUCUCUUCUGGGGAAGAGGAAUAUCUGGGAAAGGGGAGCCUCUUGACCAUGGCUGUAAAGCUCAAGCUGCAAUAGAUCUGACAGAAGAGUAAAGGGAAAGCGAAACAAAAUCAUAAAGAGAGAGAGAGAGAGAGAGAUAGGCCAUUGAUCUCGAAUGGAGAAGGAGAGCCAAUUGGUGAGGCUUUGCAUAGAGGCUGCGUGUCAGAGCAGAGAGAGCGUCGAGAAAUGGCGGAGGCAGAGACGGAGUCUAGAGCGAUUGCCUUCUCAGCUCGCCGACUCUCUUCUUCGUUGCCUCCUCGCUCGUCGUCUUCUCUUCCCUUCUUUGCUCGAAAUUUUCAAAGAUAACGUGGAAGCGGUUGAUCUCAGACAUGAAAAUUCUGUGGACAUGGAAUGGAUGGCAUACAUAGGAGCGUUUCGUUACUUGCGGUCAUUGAAUAUUGCAGAUUGCCGUAGGAUCACCAGCUCUGCUCUUUGGGCUAUUACAGGAAUGACUACUUUGAAGGAAUUGGACCUCUCCAGAUGCAUGAAGGUUAAUGAUGCAGGGAUUAGGCAUAUUUUAUCAAUUUCAAGUUUGGAAAAGUUAUGCAUUUCGGAGACUGGUCUGACUGCUGAUGGGGUUAGGCUUUUGUCUUCACUUAGAAACUUAUCUGUCUUGGACUUGGGUGGUUUGCCUGUUACAGAUCAGGCAUUGAAUUCACUCCGGGUACUUACAAAACUACAGUACCUUGACCUUUGGGGAAGUGAAAUCUCAGAUCAAGGGGCUUCUAUUUUUCAAGUUUUCCCCAAAUUGAGUUUCUUAAAUGUAGCUUGGACCAAUUUAAGAAAGUUGCCAAAUUUAUCGUCCCUCGAGUGCCUAGAUAUGAGUUAUUGUACAAUUGAGUCUAUACUCAAGGGAUAUGGUGAUAAAGCUCCUUUAACAAAACUUCUUGUAUCCGGUGCCACAUUCAUGGAUGAUGCUGAAACUUUGAUAUAUAUUGAAACAAGUUUCCUUUCCUAUCUGGAUAUAUCGAAGUCUUCCCUUCACAGAUUCAGCUUCUUACCCUGUCUGAAAGUGUUGGAACAUCUGGAUCUCAGCUCUAGCAUGAUGGAGGAUGUUUUAGUUGAAGAGAUUACAAGUAUUGGAGCAAAUUUGAGAUAUCUAAAUCUUAGCAAAACCAGAGUUGGCUCUGCUGGAGUAGGGGUUUUGGCUGGACAUCUUCCCAACCUUGAAAUAUUGUUAUUAUCCCACACAUCAAUUGAUGAUGUUGCCAUUUCAUACAUCAGCAUGAUGCCUUCUCUGAAGGAUAUUGACUUGAGCAGCACACAUAUUAAAGGUAUCAUUCAUCAAGUUGGCUGUGAGAUGGAUCCGGUUCUGUCAUUGACAUCCCUGCAAUCUCUGACCCAUUUGGAAAGGUUGAAUUUGGAGCAUACUCUAGUUAGGGAUGCAGCUCUAGACACAAUAUCAAGCUUCCAUGAGUUGACUUAUUUAUCACUCAACGGUGUAUCUCUUACAGACAUCUCCCUACAUUCUACAUCAUCUAUACCAAAGCUGACAAAUCUAACUAUUAACAAUGCUGUGGUGACAAACCUGGGGCUCGUUUCAUUUAAACCCCCAGCAACUUUAAGGAUGAUUGACCUGCAGGGUUGUUGGCUCUUAACUGAGGAUGCCAUCGUCUCAUUUUCUAGAAGUCAUCCUCAAAUUGAAGUAAGACAUGAACAUGCUCAUAUCAUUCCAUCGCAACAUAUUAGUUCUAAUCGUCCAUCUCCUUCGCGAUCAACUUGGAAAAAUUCUCAACUGAAUCAGGAACCAAAGAUACCAGUAUCACCGAGUUUUAUAGAUCAAAGACUGAAAUACGGAAGAGAAGAGUUACUUUCCCUGCAGUAUUCAUCUUCAUCCCUUGCAUCUCCUCAUGAUAGUGAUAUUACAAAGCGCAGCAUACAAUAAGAUAAAUUGUAGGCAAUUCCUACGAUGUUGUUCUCCAUGUUGUAUCCGUCUGUAAAAUAUGAUUCUCUGAUCUUAGCAAAGACAACUUUCUUAUCUUUGUGUGAUUUUUUUUAGUUUUUUUUCUGAGUUUCUUCUUCUAGUGACGGGUGCAAUUUUGUAAUGGAUAAUGAAAUGAAAGUUUUACUUUUUGAUGCUCGAAAAGAAA